AUGGAAGUCCCGGACCGUCCGCUCAGUUUUGUGCCAGCCAAAGCAGGCGACAUCAUCGCUAUCGGAUCCAUGAAGCUCCGUGUGAUGGAAGACGGUUCGAAUACAGACAAUCGACUCAGCUGUGUGGAACUUACACUUCCCCCAGAUACAAGGGGACCACCUCCACAUUGGCAUGAAAUGCACGACGAAACAUUCCUCACCACUAAGGGCCUUGUUCGAUUCCACAUCCCUGGGAAGCCGGACGUUGAUGCCAAAGUCGGAGAUUAUGUUGUUGUUCCAACAAAGAGUCCUCACACAUUCUCGAAUCCGACUGAAGAAGAGGCUGUGUUGGUCUGCACUUGUACACCGGCAUUCUACAUUAAUUACUUCAAGUUGCUGGGCGAAUUGAUUGAAGGAGGACAGAUGACCCCAGAACUUAACCAAAAGGCCAUGGCGUACUAUGCGACGAUUCCAGUACCUCAGCCUUAG